AUGGCCGUCGUCAAUAAUGUCAUCUUCUCCAAGAUAGGGAUUAUUGGAGGUGGCAUAAGUGGCUUAGCCGCUGCAAAACAGCUAUCUCAAUACAACCCCAUGGUGUUCGAGGCUACCGACUCCAUAGGGGGUGUUUGGAAACACUGCUCCUUUAGGACCACCAAACUUCAAACUCCUCGUUGCGACUACGAAUUCUCUGAUUAUCCUUGGCCAGUGAGGGAUAACUCCACCUUCCCAUCUUAUGCUGAGAUUCUGGAUUAUCUCAACUCUUAUGCUAAACAUUUUGACUUGUUCAAAUUCAUCAACUUCAACUCAAGGGUCAUCGAAAUCCGGUACUUAGCCACCGGACACCUCCCUACUACUGCUGACAAGCUCUCAACUCAUCAUGUGCUGUCUGGAAAACCCGUUUGGGAGGUUGCUGUCCAGAAUAAUGGUUCCAGUAUUCAGUGGUAUAGAUUUGAGUUUAUCGUGGUGUGUAUGGGGAAAUAUGGAGAUGUACCGAUAAUACCCAAGUAUGGGAAGAACAAAGGACCAGAAGUGUUCAAAGGGAAGGUGAUGCACUCUCAAGAAUAUAGCAAGCUCAACGCCCAGGAGUCUUCCCAGCUUCUCAAAGGAAAGAAGGUGGUGGUGGUGGGUUACAAGAAAUCAGGCAUUGAUCUUGCUGUUGAAUGUGCCGAAGCUAACCAAGGGGAAGAAGGGAAAGCCUGCACCAUGGUUGUUAGGACUUCGCAUUGGACAGUUCCACACUACUCCAUAUGGGGAUUGCCAUUUUACUUAUUCUAUUCCACCAGGUUUUCUCAGUUCCUCCAUGAAAGACCCAAUCAAGGGACUCUCAGGACAAUUCUCUGCCUCCUAUUAUCCCCUGCGAGAAAAGCAGCAUCCAAGAUGAUCGAGUCUUAUCUGCUAUGGAAGCUUCCACUUGUCAAAUAUGGACUAAAACCAGAUCACCCUUUUGAGGAAGAUUAUGCAUCCUGUCAGAUGGCCAUCUUGCCGGACAAGUUCUUCCCUGAAGCCGAUAAGGGAAAAAUCAAUUUCAAAAAAGCAUCAAACUGGUGGUUUUGGGAAGGUGGUGUUGAGUUUGAGGAUAACACCAAGUUAGAGGCUGAUGUUGUUCUUCUUGCCACUGGUUAUGAUGGCAAAAAGAAGCUUACUGCUGUACUUCCCGAACCCUUUCGUAGUUUCCUGGAAUUUCCCUCUGGCAUCAUGCCUUUAUAUAGAGGUACCAUUCAUCCCUUCAUUCCAAGCAUGGCUUUCAUGGGGUACGUGGAAAGUGUUUCAAACCUGCACACUUCAGAGAUACGUUGCAAAUGGUUAGUCAGGCUGAUAGAUGGUAAGUUCAAGUUACCUAGCAUGGACAAAAUGCUGGAACAGAUAACCACAGAAAUGGAAAUAAUGAAGAAGACAACAAGGUUUUACAAGAGAACUUGCAUUUCCACUUUCAGCAUCAAUCACACUGAUGAAAUAUGUCAAGAGAUGGGAUGGAGUUCUUGGAGGAAGAAGAGCUGGUUGGCUGAAGCAUUUACUCCUUACAAGAGUCAAGACUAUAAAUUAGGAAAACAAGAAAGGCAAACCAGCGGCCAUCAUCCUUCACAUUUGGUCAUUGAGGAAAAGAAAGCAGUGGUAUUGAAUCUCCCAAGUCAUUCUAUGCAUAGACAAGUACAUAUGAUUCUAUACAUUUUUUUAGUCAAAUGUGCAUUGGACAAACAUCAAGACUAGUAAUAUAGUAGUUCAUGUUCACGGCUGUU